AUGCUAUAAGAAUAUUAUAAUAAAAAGGUGCUGUUUAUAACCGGAUGCACAGGUAAGCAUUAUAAUGAUAUAUAUAAAGGAUUUGUGGGCAAGGUAUUGCUUGAAAAGACUUUGCGUUGUUUAUCGAAUGUUGGAUAUAUUUAUGUUCUGAUCAGGCAAAAGAAAGGUAGUAGUUUGAUGGAGAGGUUUAAACGAGAGAUUUUGGAUUCACAAGUAAGGGUCUAUUAAUAAGUUAGUGUUUUGAUCGAUUGAGAUAGAUCUAUGGGGGAGGUUUUGAAAAAUUCAUAAACGAGAAGAUUAUUCCGAUUGAAGGUGAUAUGCUAAAGGAGGGUUUAGGAAUGGCUGAGAAUGAUAAAAAUGUGAUUAUUGAUAAUGUGAAUGUAAGCAAACAAAAAUAAUUAGAUUAUAAUUAACUGUGCUGCAAGCGUGGAUUUUAAUGCAAGAUUGGAUGAUGCAAUAUAAAUUAAUGUAAGAGGCCCUCAAAGAUUUAUAGCAUUAGCAUAGCAAAUUAAAAAUCUAGAAAACUUCAUUCAUAUUUCAACAGCAUAUGUGAAUUCAGAUAAGGCAGGUUAUAUAGAAGAGAAAAUAUAUGAUGUAAAUUAGGAGAACUUGGAACAAUUAGUGUCUUAAUUGUUGAAGACUCCUGUGAGUAUAUUGGAGAAAAAUGUAAAAGAUAUUAUAGGGGAUUUUCCAAACACAUACACUUUUACAAAGUGCAUUGCUGAAAAACUAUUGGUUUAAAACAGAGCUCCUAACUUUCCACUUACCUUUGUUCGACCAUCAAUAGUAGGUGCAUCAUGGAAGGACCCCACACCUGGUUGGAUUGAUAGUUUGGUGGCAAGCAGUGCCAUUUUCUUCUUUGUUGGUUUAGGAUUAAUAAAAACUUUAAAUGGGGAUGAAUGUUUGAUUGGAGAUUAAGUGCCUGUAGAUUAUGUAGCAGAUUUUAUUUUGGCUGCUGGAGCAUAUUAAAAUGGAAGGAAAGAAGUAAGUGUUUAUCAUUGCUGUUCUUCUGCAAAAAAUCCAAUGACAUGGCAGUUAGCUAAAGAGGUAAAUGCCUUAUUUUGGACACGAUCUCCGAGUUCUCAAUAAUUUUCAAAACCCAAUUUAACAUUCUAUAAAAAUGAAAAAAUUUAUAAGAUAAUGUCCAAAGUUAAAAAUGCUCCAGCUUUAAUUUAUUAUUAGGUUGCGAAUAAGAUUGGAAAUAAGGAGAUGAAGAUUUAGGCUAAAAGAUUAAAAAAGAUUAUUGAUAGAGCUGAAUCAAUUAAUGAUACUUUCAAACCUUUUGUCAUUAAUGAAUGGAUUUUUGAUAGUUCCAAUAGUAAUGUGUUAAUCAAAUUCUUAAGUGAAUCUGAUAAGCAGCACUUUAACAUUGACAUUGAAAAAUUGAAUUGGAGGUAAUAUUUAGAAAGGUUUAAUUGGGGAAUUCAAAAAUACAUCUUGAAAGAUUAAACAAGGGAAUUGAAUGAGCAAAGCACUGAUGUUCUCAGUCAAAGAAAUCAAUAGUCUUACUUUAGUGAUAUUGAAUGGUGUCUUAGUCAUGGAUAAGACUUCAAAACAAAAACCACAAAAGAACAAAUUAGUUUGGUGAUAAAUUCUCAAAGAGUGUAAUCAGUUAUCAAAUAAUUAGUUGAAGAAAAAUCUAAAAAAUAUCAAUAAACUACUCUUAAUCUUGAGAAGCUGCAUCAGAACAUAGAAAAAUAAGGUAUUGAUAUAUGUGAAGUGAUGUUUGCAAAUUAUAAUAUGGGAGUCAUAAGGAUGUUUGCAUGGUUCAUCACCAAGGUUUUUAGAUAGAUAUAUGAGAAAGUCUAAAUAAACGAGCCUGCUUUAUUAGAACUCCAAAAUUAUGAUUAGAAAACAAGAGGCCCUUUAAUUUUCAUGCCCACCCAUAGAUCUUACAUCGAUUUCAUCAUGGUAUUAACCUUGUAUAUUCUAGUGUUCUUAUGUGUUUUUCUCGUAUAAGAUUAAAUGUCCGCACAUAGCAGCUGCAGAAGACUUCUUGUCCAUGGCUUUGAUUCCAACUAUCUUAAGGGCCUCUGGGGCUUUCUUUUUGAAGAGGAAAUAAUUGGAAGAUAAUAUAUUAUAUAAAGCCAUCUUUUACGAAUAUGUUUAGAGAAUCUUGAUUGAAGAGUGUUAUUUAGAAUUCUUUAUUGAGGGUACUAGAUCUAGAACAGGGAAAACUUUAAAUCCAAAGUUUGGAUUGUUAAGCAUAGUUUGUGAUGCUGUUUUUGAUAAAAAGAUACCUGAUGCUACAAUAUUACCAAUUACAAUAAAUUAUGAGAAAGUUCUAGAGGCUGACACAUAUCCCUAUGAAUUACUAGGGGAAGAGAAGGUUAAAGAAUCUCUAAUUAGAGUUAUUAAGGCAAUUAAAAUAUUAUCAUCGAAUUUUGGUAGAAUUCAUGUUGGAUUUGGAAAAAUGAUAUCAGUUAAAGAAUGGUCAAAACAAUAAGGUUUAGAUUCCUUUGAGAAUAUUAGAGAUCGUAAGAGGGGAGUGGAGACCUUGGGUUACGAAGUAGCGUACUAAUUAAUUGAAGAAAUGGUUGUAAUGCCUACAGGGAUAGUUUCAACUCUGUUAUUGAUGAAUAGAAGAGGAAUUACAGAAGACUAAUUAAUAAAGAGAUUUGAAUGGGUGUUGAGAUAAAUCACAAAAAGAGGAGCAAAGGCUUCAAUUACCAAUAAUGGUUAAAGUGACGUAGCUGUGAGAAAUUCAAUUGGAUUCCUAUAGGAUUUGGUUGAUAAGAAGAAGAAGAAUGUAUUUGAAUUGACUUUGAUACCGAAACAAGAAUAUAAGAGCAUUUUAUUGUUAAGUUAUUAUAGGAAUCAAUUAGCUCAUAUAUUCUUCAGCGAGGGAAUAGUUUGUUGUGCUUUAAAUGGAUUUGGACAUUUGUUAUCCCAUAAGGAAGGAGUAAGCACAGAGAGAUUGUGGGAAGAGAGUGAUUUCUUGUUGAAAUUAUUAAAAAGAGAAUAUGUUAUAAGAAACAGGAUUACAUCCAAAGAAUAGAUGAUAAAUUUCCUUUAAUCUAUGAUAGAAAAGAAUGUUCUAGAGAAGGUCUAAGAAAAGAUCAGAGUUAAUCAAUAAUUCGGUGAAUAGGCAUCGUAAUUUACAUGUUCCCUCAUUUGGCCUUUGGUGGAAUGCUAUUGGGCUACGAUUGUCUAUUUAUAUUAAUUAAAAAGAGCAAGUGACACAAAUACAACGUUUGAAUUGUCUGAAUUGAUUACUUAAAUUUAAGGAUUCGCAGAACAGAUGUAUGGAGAACAUAUAAUGGAACAUUAUGAAAGUUGUUCGAUCGAAACCAUUAAGAAUGCUAUCAACACUUAUCAAACCAUGAGAUGUAUCGACAUUAGCAAGAAGGAUGAUUCUGAUCAAGUAAGUAUUGUAUUUACUGAUCAAGAGGUAAUUAUAUUCCUAUACUUUAGUUAUUGGAAGUUGAGGCUUAAGUUAAAAAAUAUUUAAAGAAUAAUUAUUCUAAAUCAAUAUCAAACCCUAUAGAUAUUGCUAGAUCUUUGUUAGAUUAUACCAUUAUACCCAAAUUAUGA